AUAUAUAUAUAUAGAAUUGGGGAGACGAAGGAGAGAGAACGAAGAAGAUCGAUGGCAUCAGCAGCAGCAUCGAACGCGGCCGUUCCCUUCUGGAGAGCAGCAGGCAUGACAUACAUAACCUACUCCAACAUCUGCGCCUCUCUCGUCCGCAGCUGCCUCAAAGAGCCCUACAAAUCCGAAUCCAUUUCCCGUGAGAAAGUCCAUUUCGCUGUCUCCAAAUGGACUGACGGCAAGCCCGAGAAACCGACCAUUCGUUCGGAUUCACCCGAUGAGUGACUCUAGAGGGAAGGGGGGUCUCUGCGGCUGAAGAUGUCUAGUGGAUUGUGUGCCUUGAUAGAGUUGGCUGGGUUUUUCAGGUUAGUUGUUUAAUCUUUCUUUCGAUGUAGUCUUGAUGAUGUUCUGAGAUUUUUUCUUAAUCAAAUCACAUUUCGGGGUUGGUAAUAAGACAAUGGCUGUUAUAACACUAAUUCAGCUUUUUAUUCCUUGCCAAGGAAUUUCUCAA